AUGCUUUGCACUCUAGGUAUAAAAGCAUCCCACUUCAAAUUCUACAUAGAGACAUAUCAGUAUGUCCUCCUUAUGGUAUUUGCUAUUGAAGAAAUUAAUCAUAAUCUAUACAUACUACCAAAUAUCACAGUGGGAUUCAAGAUAUAUGACAUUUGCUAUGCUGUAGCCAGAGGUGUUGGGAAUGCAUUACGAUUGUUAUCAGGAAAGGAAAACCCAGUUCCAAACUUCGAUUGCAAGCCAAGACAAAAGUUUUCUGGCAUUGUUGGUGAUUCAGCAACAUCAACGUCCCUUGCAAUAGCAAAAAUCCUGGGACUGUACAAAUAUCCACAGAUAAGCUAUGGUGCACCUCUUAAUAUACUAAGUGACAAACACCAGUUCCCAUCAUUUUUCCGAACCAUUCCAAAUGAUGAUUAUCAGUGCAAAGGCUUAGCUCAUACAGUGAUUCACUUUCGGUGGACUUGGGUUGGACUUUUGGCCUCAGAUGAAGAUUAUGGUGUAAUGGGUGGACAAAAGCUGAAAGAAGAGAUUACAAAUGGUGGAGUUUGCAUUGCCUUUUUUGAAACAAUUUACAUACAAAACCCAACAGCAAAGGUUCCAAUCAUAGUAGAUCUAAUACACAAAACAUCAGUGAAUGUGAUUCUGAUUUAUGCUGCAAUGCAACAGGUAGUUCCAUUAAUGGAAGAAUUUUACACAUUUAAUAUAACUGCAAAAGUAUGGCUUGCUUCUUCAGGUUGGUCAAUUUCUCCAGUAUUCUCAAAAAAUGUAAUGCUAAAACUAUUGAAUGGUACUCUUGGAUUCUCCCUUCACAGAGGUGAUAUCCCAGGAUAUAAAGACUUCCUUUAUAAUAUACAUCCAACCAAAUUUACAGAUGACAUUUUUAUCAGAGACUUCUGGGAAUGUGAAUUUAGUUGUUUAUGGCCAAGGAAUUUAACUAGUGAAUCACUGGACCAUAUGCAAAUGAAUGAAGAACUUCAUCUUUGUACAGGUAGAGAGAAACUAGAUGAACUUGGAAGGCCUGCAUAUGAUGAAGAGGAAUUUAGGUUCACCUACAGUGCAUACAAUGCUGUCUAUGCACUGGCACAUGCUUUACAUGAUCUAUAUACCUGCACUCCUACAAGAGGGCCCUUUAAGAAUGAUUCCUGCUCAGGAAUACACACCUUUCAGCCAUGGCAAACACCUUCAUCUGUAUGUAGUGAAAGCUGUUUACCUGGUCAUAGAAAAGCUGCACGACCUGGUCAUUCAAUCUGUUGCUUUGACUGCAUUCUGUGUUCAGAGGGCCAUAUUGCCAAUCUUACUGAUACCAUUCAUUGCAAGAAAUGUCAGGAAGACCAGUGGUCCAAUGAAAGACGAGAUGCAUGCAUCCCAAAACUCGUUGAGUUCCUGUCGUUUGAUGACAUACUAGGAUGCACUUUGACAACAGGAUCAUUAUUCUUCUCACUGCUAACUGCCACGGUCUUAUGCAUUUUCAUCAAACACAGAACCACUCCACUUGUAAAAGCCAAUAACCGUGAACUCAGUUACCUCCUUCUGCUUUCCCUUAUACUUUGUUUCCUUUGUUGCUUAAUGUUUAUUGGGUAUCCCAAGAAAAUAAACUGCAUGUUUCGUCAGAUGACAUUUGGCAUCAUUUUUUCAAUUUGUAUUUCUUCUAUACUGGCAAAAACUGUCACUGUUGUCAUUGCUUUCAAUGCCACAAAACCUAACAGGAAAUUCAAUAAGUGUGUUGGAUCCAAAAUACCAAACUGCAUUGUAAUUUGCUGCGUAGGUCUUCAGUUAAUUGUGUGUGUAGUGUGGCUGUCUCUCUCUCCUCCCUUUAAUCAACAAAACAUGGAAACUGCAAAGGACAAAAUAAUUAUUGAGUGCAAUGAAGGCUAUUUGAGUGCAUUUUACUGCAUGCUAGGCUAUUUAGGAAUAUUGGCCAUUAUAAGCUUCAUAGUUGCCUUCUUAGCCCGCAAUUUGCCUGACAGUUUUAAUGAAGCUAAAUUCAUCACUUUCAGCAUGAUUGUGUUUACCAGUGUUUGGCUUUCAUUUAUCCCUGCUUACAUAAGUACAAGAGGAAAGUAUAUGGUUGCUGUUGAGGUUUUUGCCAUCAUGUCUUCCAGUGCUGGCCUGCUUAUCUGCAUAUUUUUUCCAAAGUGCUUUAUUAUUCUCCUGCAGCCUAGUAGGAAUACUCGGCAGCAUUUAACUGGAAAGCCAAACUAUGCAUCAGGCUAA